GGGGCACGGCGGCGGAUCCGGGCUGCUGCUGGGCCUCCUGCUCACGGUGGUUUGGAAGCUGGCCCACGCAGCGCUGCGCCGGCGCGACAAGGAGUUCGACUUCUUCCUGUGCCACCACAAGCUCGCAGCCGGCAGCUGCGCCCGGCUGCUCAAGGUGCAGCUCUGCAGCCGCGGGGGCAGCAGGCGGAGGGUGUUCCUGGACUGCGACGACCUGAAAGAUUUGGAGACGCUCUUCGACACCGUGGCAAACCGAGUGCAGGUGUUCGUCACCCUGUGCACGAAGGAGUUAUUUCUACGCCCCUGGUGCAUGGGAGAGGUGAUCACUGCUCACCACUGCAAGCUCCAAACUGUGAAACUAGUUUUCCCAGAUUUCACCGAGCCAGACGAGGCGUAUAUUUUUGAGUACGAGGAUAGUUCGAAGGACCUCAGCGUGUUGACUGGAUACGGUUAUUCAAUCGAGGAUGUGAGAGUUGCGUUGCGCUGGGUGCCUCAGAUUACCAGCUAUAGCAUUCCGUCUGCGAUCACCAGUGUUAGCAUGGAAGAAAUCGCGGAUCGGCUCGAAGAUUGCAUUAUUUCCCAUUCGCCCAGCGGCACAAGAGGUUCUCCCAGGGGCCCUAGUGGCAGAGCCAACAGGGCUUCCAUUGGGGGAAAUUCUACUUGGAUCAUCCACGAUGAGAGCAGCCUCGAGGCAGGGGCUACAGCCGCAGUCAUGGCCCAUUUGUUGAUGGUAAGUUUUGUCCACAUCCCUUUCGAAAUUCCACAAGUGCUUCUUGGUGGGCGGGACGUUCCUGAUAGCGCAACGAAGCUGAUCAUAUUGUGCACAAGCAACGUGCUGCAGCAGCCUUCUAUACUGAAGCAUUUCGAGAGAGGAAUCGAUCUUGACGUGUGUUUCUACCCCGUAAUUGGAGAUGAAGGCUUCCGCUUUCCCGGCGCGUCGUUCAAGAAAGACACCAUGAAGUUGGCAGCUGCCAUCCUCGACGACCCAGACGAAGUGCUGUCAGCAGUCUUGGCGAUGUUCAAGGCCAUCGCAGGGAGCUUCCUGGCGAGCUCCAGCUCCGCGACCGUGCUGGCAAACCAGGCCGCGGAGCUCGCCCGGCGGGUGCAGUCCCUGAGCCGGCGCGCGCAGACGCCGGCCCCCAGCGCGAUGGUGAGGCAGGCGAGCGAGUCUCGGGGGCAACGUUUGGGGGGGCGCCCGGCUCAGGGGGGAGGCGAUACUUGUGUGCAUUUAUGUGUGUGUGUCCCUGGGCGCACUGAGCGGCGCCGGAAGCCGACGCCGAGAGACGGCGGCACGACGCGAGCCUCCGCCGCAGCGGCGCGAGGGGGGGACAGACGGAGGCCAUCCCCGCGAGGAAGCAGCGCCGAGCGCUCUGCUGGCCGCCGCCGGUCGGUGGCCUCUGCUCGCGCGCGCCCUGCGGGCCGUGGGCGGCGGGCGGUGCGCCCAGACCCCCCCCUGGCGCUGUGCAAGAAUCCCGACGGGAGGUUUCGCAUUAUGUCGAAGAAUGAGUAUGUCCACUUCGCCCAUCCAGCAAACACACGACGGUAAUGCCAAGCCGGAGACAAGCAUCACGACGUCGGCAGCGCCGGGCCGUGC